AACCAUCGAACGUGGACAGUUCCUAAAAUGGCGGCGAUUACUGUCAGUGUAGAGUGAAACUUUCCAAUUUUUAUUUAAAAAAAAUUGUCAUUCUGCUUAAUAUUUUAUGGACUGCAGUCGUGUUUUUUUGUUGUUUUUUUUUUUUUAAUUUAAGUAAGCAUUAUAGGAAUACUACGACGUUCAACACGGAUCGUCAGGACCGAGAAUAAUCUUUAAGCCUCCGUGUUUGAUCGCCAAAUCGUUGGGCUUCCCUCGAAGUUGACGGUGGCUUAGUGCCUGACAUUGCGAUCAUACUGACUGUUGUUGUCAUCGGAUUGCUCAACGCGGAACCGUCAGCUGGAUUCUGUCAGGGGCAGGUCGGAGAUCCUGAGGACGUGUCACGUCACCUGUCAGUUGAAAUAAAUAGGUGGUGUUGGAUGCCACCGCCAUUCACUGUCGAGCUGAAUUUGGUUUGCUAGCAUCUUCCAUCCUGGCAAAUCAAAUGGAGAAGCUCCAGGAUCUGAGCCAAUCAGAGCUACAGGAGCUCCUGGACAACCCGGAGAGGGUGGAGUCUAUGGCUCUGGAGUCUGACGAGAUCCAGAACAUUCAGUUGGAGAGGGAGAUGGCCCUAGCAUCAAAUCGCAGCCUGGCUGAGCAAAACCUGGACGUAAAGCCUCGUCUUGAGUCACAGAAGGAGGUGCUGGUGGAGAGAUAUUCUCAGCUAGAGGCUGUGAGAGAAACCUACAGACAGCACUGCUCCCUGAGAGAUGGGAUGGUGGGUCAGGUGUCUCCAGAGGCAUUGUUCUCCAGACUACAGACAGAGGGCAGCAAAACGGAGGCAGAGUCAGAGGCUCUAGCUGAUGAGUUUCUCGAGGGCUCUUUGCUGUUAGACUCUUUCCUCGACCGCUUCCUCUCCCUGCGCUCCCUCGCUCACAAAAGACGGGUGCGGAUAGACAAACUUCAGGAGAUCCUGCGACAAAGGAGUGAGUGCAACCCCACUGCCAUGACAUCAUCAGCAGGCAUCAGCCAGGACCCUGCUGCUAUGCCCUCACCAUGGAACCAACAGACAACAACAACAACGACAACAAAUCAGCAGCAGCCGAACUCCAAACCUCAGUCCUCCAGCUACCAAAACACCUCGCAGCCAGCUUCCUCUGCUGCAUCUGGCCUCCCCUACAGCCCAUACCCUGUUACCCCCUCAAAUCCUGCCCCUGCGGCGGCAGCAAGCUCUGGUCACAACAACCCACCAGCACAGUUUCCUCCGUACCCAAGUUCUGGAUCACCUUUCACUCCAGCAGGGAGCUUCUCUGGCCCCAGACCUGCUUUUGGGCCUCCAUCCUCAGCUGCCUGCCCUUACCCAGCUCAGCCCUCUUUCCCUACCCCACAUCCAGGCUCAGCAUUUGGCCAGUACACCCCCAGCCACCCCCAGAGUGGCCCUGCGCCCUACCCAGCCUCCUACAGCUAUGGCGGCUACAGCUACCAAGCCGGGCCCUCCUAUCCCAAUUCUCAGUCGCCAACAGGGAGACCGAUGUACAGACCAGGAUAUGGAGUUCCACAGCCAUACUCCUGAAAGCACUACUGGUCCUCUCUAUCGAUUCAUCUUCUCAAUUCUUCCCUUCUGUGCUGUUUCAAACCCCAAACUCCAGCCUCCUUACCCUUAUUCUCUCUCCUCCUGUUAUCUUUUUACCUUUUCUACACUCUCUCUUCCUGCCUCCUAUUCUCCCAGAUUCAAGAGGUUUCUUGCUUUACUUAUCUUUGUUGCACUAUUUCUCUCUUUCUCUAAUUAUCAAUCUGUCGAUCUCCUAGUAUGUCUCCUCUCUCCUUUUCCCUUUCUCUGUCACCCUACAAUCCACCAACUCCCCCACACUAGUCUCAGGUUGUUGCGUUGUGUUUAAGUGUUAAAAACCUUGUAUGGUCAUACACUCACUGUCCCCCAUCGCUCCCUCCCUCCUCCUUUUCAAUUUCAAGUGUGUGUUUGUUGCUGUUUGGCAAUCAGAAAUUCCUUAUAAACACACAAGUGCACUCCCCCUUAUGACAAAUACGUGAAAAAAAAACCUGUCUUUGUAACACUGCACCAGUGUCCAAUGGCUGUCUGACCAGACUGUCUGAUUCACAUGAUUAAAUUGGAAAAGUGGAUGGCUAUCACAGCUGUGGCGCUCAUAAUAAGUUCAGUGUAGUUGCAAGGAACCAUAUUUCCAGCUGUAGCUGCCUGGUCUAUAAGCUCUUCCAGAAACCUGCUGACUCCAAACAUCAAUGUGGCAGGUGGAUUUCAUUAUGCACAGUGGGCAGAAUAACCACCUUUAAGUCAAGAAACCAGUCACCCUUUAGUUUCUUUUACCAAAGAACCCUGUGACAGUGCUUUGUUUUUUCCUUUAUAGUUUAACAUUGAAAAAGAAAGUUAGGUGCAGCUGUGCUUUCCCUCCCCUCAUUGUAAAGGUCCAGUCAAACCAGAAAGUGGCAAAGCAAUGAAGUUUGGUGACACAGUGAAAACUUGUGCAAAACAAUAGUGAUGAAUCAAGUGUCUUAUCUGUUUUCUCUGUACUGGUUUAUUCAUUGUGGUAUUUUGUUCUCAGGAUUUCUAAUCAUUAACAGGAGUCAAACAUGUUAGCAGCCAUUGUAAAUGUCUCUCAAUAAGCCAUGUGGCAGCCUGGUGAUGAGACAAUAGAGAAGCAGCCCCAGCAACAGUUUUGGAAAUUACCUAAAGGCCUUUUUUUUAACUCUGAGACAUGCUAUGUGUUCCAUAGUGAAUGACAGCCCUACAUGCAAGUCAGAGAAAUUAAUCACGUUUUUAUUAAAAAAUGAAUACAAGUUUACAGCUGCUGAACUAAUUUACUUUUUUCCCUUUGGCCACUUGGGGGCAGCAGAGAGCUUGUUGUAAUGUAACAACAUUGACAGAACAUGACCAUGUAAAGCUGAUAGGCUGACCGGGACAGUUGUUUAUAUCCAAGUCAAGCUGUCACAGAGCAACAAUAGCAUCAAUUUGGAGUCAUUGUCUGGUACGGUUUCCAUUCCCAAGAAACAUGUUUAAAAAUACUAAGUUAUCUAAACAAUGAGUAAAAAUAGGCUCUUAGAAGACUAUGCAGCAUUUGGAAAUAUUUCACUGUCACUGGUUUUACACAUAGGCAUCUAAUGCACUGUAAUAAAAAAUAAUGAUUAGAGCAGCUUUAAGACAUGGUUGGGUCUUUAACAAACCUUUCUUCCCCAGGUAUAGUGAAUUCAAAUUUCUAAUCCCUUUCCCAGAGCAGGUUUCCAUUCCUUUACCCAAAUAAAGAUGGCAAUUAGACUUGUACAGAUUUUUUUGGAUCCAAUAGUUACUAGUGUCUGGUAGCAUAUCCUACAAUUUUAGUUUUGAGUAUCUUAUUUUAGUUUUGUAGUUUAUUCCACAAAAAAUACAAACCGCUAGCAAACAUGGCAGAAAGGGGGUACUGCCAGAUGUCAGAUGAAGUGUUACAGAUCCUGAUGCUUUGGAAGGCAGAUGUUUACGACAACAUUCAGAUAACUCGCCUGAUUUGCCUAUGUUGCAGGUGGCCCAAUUGUCAAACAAAUCUAACACCAGUUCCACAACAGUACUUGAGUUUUUCAGAUUCUGUUUGCAUUUGAAAUGCUUGAGUUGAGUUUGUUUGGGGGGACUUUGACAAUUUGACAAUUUCUAGCAACUACAUAGAACUAGGCAGGUUUUUACCAGAAAUGCAAAUCCCCACUGAUAGAGUAUGGUGUUUUGUGCUCGAAGCAGGUAAAAUAAAAGUCUUAAUGUGGGUGUUAGCAAAGAAAUCUAGAUAGUUUGAUGGAGAUUUGGGGGGAGUUAGGGACACUGUAGUCCUGUAGUAUCACCCUUGACCUGAGACAAUGAUACCUGCUGGAGUCUCUGUCGGUCAGACCAGUCUGAAUCUCAACAGAACCAACCACUUUGUCUGUAUCCUCCCCACUAACACUCCUCUGUCCUGACCUCCUUUACACCACCCUCUUCCUCUUCCACUCCGCAUCUGCUUAUUGAACAUUAACUGAUGCUUGACAAUGAUUAUCAGAAGAAAACAAGUUUUAUUUCUAUAACUUCACACUAUCAUCAGAAAUACAUAUGGUCCUGUAUAGUUUAAUUGAGUGAAAAUAUAAAGGUUGGCGAUCAGUUCUGUGUCAAUUGAAUCAAUUCAAAUAGAAAUUGCAAAGUAGGUAACUGAUGAUGGAUGAUUCAUGUUUGGUUUAGCAUUCUAAAUUUGUGUUACACUUUUGAAAAACUACCAAACUAGCAUAUCACCAUGAAAAGGUUAUCUUUACAUGUCCUCUCAGAUCACUUCAUAGCUGAUAUACAGUGAGAUAUUCUCCCAAGUCAAAACAGCAUCUGUCCAGUGGGCAAAUUGGAGAGAAUUCAGGGGUUCUGUAAAAAUGUCGGGAUGUUUUAUCUUUAAACUACAGUACCAAUAUUGUCACAUGCAGUAUUUCAAAACAUCAUGAUAUUCCUUUCAUUAGGGAGCUGAACUGAAUCUUGAGGUGAUUAAAUUGAAUCCAAAUAGGUGCCAGGCUCUAAAAUACUGUACUACGAUUAACACUUCCCAAAUGCAAAGUAAGGGAAUCAUUGAAGGCAGCUCAAAUUGCAUACUGAAUUGUGAGGUCAUAAUUGAAUCUGUUAAGUUAGUUUGAAACAUGUAAAAGCAGCAAGGUAAUAAAGUUAGAAAGUAGUUAAUUAGAAGGUACUGAAGCAGUUAGUGUUUGUGUGAUUGCAGGGAGGGGUUGUGUGCCAUAUACACUACAGAGCAGCAACACACAGCUUUUAUCAGCUCUUUCCAUCUUUGGCCCACGGCACUGCAUGUGUCGCACAGAAUUUUCCCAGAGAAUUCUAAAGAGAAUAAUUUUCUUCUUUUUUUGCACCCGAAGGGCCUUUUACCUGCUUGGUUCUUUAAUAGAGCUGUGAGUGAUGCCUGAACAGUGAAAAUUAUUCCCUGCCCCGUCACAGCAGUGUGUCUUUGCAGCCCAUCAGUGAUCUCAUGAAGGCCUCUGUUCCAUUACUGUGCGCUAUACAUCUAUAUGUCUUCAACACCAAGAAAACGACUGUGCGUACCAGAUUCUAAUAAAUCACCCUUUAUAAAGCAUUGAGCAUUGAGUUGUAACUAAAGGCUUUAUGAAUGGUUAAUAGAUAAUGGGCUCAUGCUUCACAAAUUAGUUUAUCUAUGAAGCCGUGAAAGAUACAAUUCAUAGCUCCUCAAACCAAUCAUUCAUUAAUAAAUCCUUUGCGAGAAAAAAAUCACUAGUACUGUCCAAUCAAAAGCUGUCAGCUGUGAAACAGGAAGUCGCUUUCAACUCACAGGCUGGUUCCUAAUUCCCCAAAUUGACAGUGCAGGGCCCAACAACAUAUCAGACUUCACUGUUACUCCUUUUUAACGAUUAUGUUACUUCACAUGCAGACAUGGUUCACAGUUAGUAUUCCUGCGGUUUAGAAUGAAUAGGAUAUUUGUGAUUAUUCCUAUCUUGUUAGGUAAUAUAGUAUAACACAUUAUUAUUAUUAUUAUUAUUAUUAUUAUUAUUAUUAUUAUUAUUAUUAUUAUUAUUAUUAUUAUUUGAAUAAAAGCUAGUUGCUGAGAGAGAAGGGAUGAGAGAGACACACUCUACACAUAGAGCAGGCAUCGGGAAUUCUUUGGCUAUGGAAAUCGUGGAAAACAGCUCUGAUAUUAUGUGGUAUGAGUAAGUAAGUGAGUGUCGGGUCAUAAGUGUCGUCCAUAUCCUGCUAGUUUGUGUGGUAAACCUGUUCUCAAUGACUCUUCUCCUACCUUUGCUAAGUUCUUAUGAACAGCUGGUGUUUAUCGUUCCCCAUCAGCUCCAUACCAGUCCAUUGGUCCCUUACCAUCUUGACCAAAAAACAUUAAAUCACAGCUUAUUUAACAACAUUUAUAGUUGAAGACCUGGUGGCUAUUGACAUACUGAUGUACAUUACUUAAUGGAUUAAGAGCAUUUAUAACUGCAUUAUUACCAAAUGGAAGGAUAAACUUAGGUCAAAGGGAUGUUUUGCAACCUGCCAACACAAUGUGAUCUCAUUACUAUAUCAUAACUGAGAUCUCCAGGUAUUUAUUUUAUUUUAUCCAUUAAUAAGCCAUUAGUUACAAUUUAUAAAGCUUUAUGAAGGGGUUGUUUAUUCACCUACAAAACACAACUAAUGUGAUAUCUAUCAGCAGCUCAGACAGAUUAAUUAGACGGUGUGACUGUAUCAUGCAUGUUAUGGUGCAUGCUCCAUGUGAACUAACUGCUGCUGCCCAGAGCUCCACUUGAUGGCACAAGCUAACAGACUGACACUGAUGAGUCUGACACAUGAUGUGUGACCUGUUGUCAGUCAGUCAUGUGGAGUACUUGUAUGAGAAGCAGUGUAUCAUAUUGACCCCUCAGUCAGGUAUUUAUCUGCUCACAGGACAUGAUGUGCAUGAAGAGUAAAAAGGCCUGUUUGAUGUCCUGUCAUUGCACUACUGACAGUAUGGUGCUGACAUCUUCUUUUUACUUCUAUAUCAGUUGUGUUUUGGUUAAGUCUUACCUUUUAUUCUCCAUGCUCACGCAGACCUGUGUGUGUGUAUGUGAGAGAGAGAGAGAGAGACUUCAGAUGACAAUACUGAAUUCUCUGAGCAUGAUGAGCUUUACAUAUCCAACCUUAAGACAUGGAUGAUUCAAGUGGGUUUGUAUUGAGGACUGGGACAGUAAUAAUAGUAUUACAGUGUUUUAGAAGAAGCACAAGGGAUAUGUUCUAAUAUAGUCUAGCAUUAAGAUAAUCCAGAAAGAAAUAACAUUCAGAUGGAUUUAUUUGUUCUUCUGAUGGUGAUGAAUUAUAUGAAGAUAAUGAUGACUGUGGAUUGUUAAAGAGCAUUUUUUGUUUUCUGUCUCUUUUUGGGGUUGUGAAUAAUUAAAACAGAAGUUGAUCUAAA